AUGGAGGACGACCGCUCCGCUGCUGGUCUAGCGGCCAUAUCGUCGAGGCUAAUCAACAGGUUGCCGUUUGAGGAUGACGAGGGUUUGUCGUUUGUGGGAUCCAAGAACGGAUUGCGCGAGACAGGUCGACCGUUGGACGUUGUCGACGGUGCAGGAUCAAGAAAUGGGGACGUUGGGCUGGGGAUCGAUGGCGAAACGGCACGCGUGCGGAAGGGGUUGUUGGAGGCGAGGCCACGAGCAGGCUUCGACAAGCUGAGAGAAGGCUGUGAGCCGAAUGAUAUUUCGGCAAUGAGAGACAGAAACGGUAAGAAUCAGAGUUGGAGAGUUCGCAGACAAGAGAAGAGAAUCGAAGGAAAGAGCGAAAAGUGCAAGGUCGGAAGUGUUUGGUCCAAAAAGGAAACGUAA